AUUCUUCCUGUCUUUCUGUCUACUAGCUAGUAGGGUCAGCAGUUGGUUGGUUGCUAUCAGAGAGCUGUUGUGGUGGUCUAUUAUCUGGUUGAUAUCUUCCAGUUGUCAGUUGUCAGAAUAGAUACGGUACAGUUGAUACUAUAUCAGAAUGAAAGGCCCCACAUUGUACCGAUUGGCCACCGAACGACAGUACGAUCGCAUGGUGACACAUCUACAAGACCGGCCACAAGAUAUCUAUUGGUGUGAUCACUACGGUUCCACAGCACUGCAUUUACUGUGCCAAGUUCACGUACGAGAUAUUGAGCGUCCCCUGCUGUUGGCUAUUCAAGCCAUUGUCCAACAAGAUCCGACUCUGAUUGGUCAACCCAAUCAGGCCACUUGCACUCCUCUGCAUUAUGCCGCCGAAAAACGACUGGUAUGGGGCAAUCACUACUAUCGCAGUGGCGAACUCGUCUUGAUGCUCCUACGAGAGUACCCUCAAGCCGUCUCGAUACGGACCAAAACGGGAACUGGCAAAACUCCCUUUCAUGUGGCCUGCGAAGCCAACGCCGAUGCACGAGUCCUCAAGGCCAUGCUACUCAUACAUCCUGGACUCGCCACGGAACCAUUCGUCAAACGAGAUGUCUACAGUCUCGCCGAAAAUCCAUUGCAAAUCCUAUGGGGACACAGUAGUAUGAAUCAUCCCAACAAUACGCAGACACACGAAAAAAUGGCACUCUUGGUACGGGCGGCGCAUUAUGGAACCGUCGAUGAUGCCUGUCAUGACGAUCAUCAUUCCAAAAUUAGACUUGUCAGCGCCGCCUGUUCCGUACGGUGUCCACAGGCGUACUUUUUGCAUUUACUGCAAGAAUAUCGACAAGAAAUAUUUGAACUCGAUGAACCAAGACAAUUGUUGCCACUCCAUUACGCCGUAUCCAAUGCAUCGGUAGAUUCACAACCUUACACACAGUUUGUGCUGGAAUCCCUCUUGGAAGUGUAUCCCGAUGCGGCAGCGGUACCCAAUGAAGAAGGACGGUUGCCACUCCAUGUCGCACUUAUGGAUUCCAAACUCACGUGGCACAAAGGAGGGAUUCAAGAACUUGUCUAUGCUUACCCCAGUGCCUUGACAGUACCAGAUCCCAUACAUCACUUGUUGCCAUUCCUGGCAUCGGCGUAUAAUGCAUUGGAGAGCAUGUUGCAUCUAUCCACAACCUACGAGUUGUUGAGGGCGGCACCAGAUGUCAUGGAAAGAUUGUGGUGAUCAACCAGACAACCUGCAAAUCCAUCCAUCCAUCCAUCCGUCAGCAUGGCUAAAUUGCGGGAUCACUUACUUACUUGAUGGAGGGCUUGCAUGUUUACCUGCAUUUGUGAAUUGUGGCUCCUGUUUUUCCGUCGUUUUGAUUUCUGUAGUAUAAAAAGGCACAAUAGAGUUUACAGAAUCCCAAGUCUGGAUUAGUCCUGGUAAAGAUGUGGCUACAUGACUAAGUCAGUCUCGUUUGCUGUGCUGUUUGCCCUUUUAUUCCAAUC